UUUUGCUGAGUUGCAGUAGAGAUGGAUGUAACCAAUGAAAGCACCCAGGGAAAUUUCAUCCUUUUGGGAUUUUCUGAUCGGCCCCAUCUGGAGAGAAUCCUCUUUGUGGUUAUCUUGAUCGCAUAUCUCCUGACGCUUGUGGGCAACACCACCAUCAUCCUGGUGUCUCAGCUAGAUCCUCACCUCCACACUCCCAUGUACUUCUUCCUCGCCCAUCUCUCCUUCCUGGACCUUAGUUUUACUACCAGCUCCAUCCCUCAGCUUCUGUAUAACCUAAAUGGACACGACAAGACCAUCAGCUACACAGGCUGUGCCAUCCAGCUCUUCCUAUUCCUGGGUCUGGGUGGUGUGGAAUGUCUACUCCUGGCAGUCAUGGCAUAUGACCGGUUUGUUGCAGUCUGCAAGCCUCUGCACUACAUGGUGAUCAUGAAUCCACAGUUAUGCUUGGGUUUAGUGUCCCUUGCUUGGGGCUGUGGGGUGGCCAACUCUUUGAUCAUGUCUCCAAUGACUCUGUGGUUACCCCGCUGUGGGUACCAGAAGGUAGACCACUUCCUGUGUGAGAUGCCUGCCCUAAUUCGGAUGGCCUGUGUCAAUACAGCUGCCGUUGAAGGCAUUGCCUUUAUUCUUGCAAUAGGUAUUGUGCUGUCGCCCUUAGUGUUUAUCCUGAUCUCCUAUGGCUACAUUGUGAGGGCUGUACUAAGUAUUCAGUCAUCCUCUGGGAGGCACAAAGCCUUUAACACCUGUGGCUCCCAUCUCACAGUGGUCUCACUUUUCUAUGGAAAUAUUAUUUACAUGUACAUGCAACCAGGAGCCAGCUCCUCCAAGGACCAAGGCAAGUUCCUCACCCUCUUCUACAACAUUGUCACCCCGCUCCUGAAUCCUCUGAUCUACACCCUCAGAAACAAAGAGGUGAAGGGGGCACUGAGAAGAUUGACUUUGGUAAAUCUCAGUUUAAGAAAGAAAUCAUAA